AGGCGCACUGAAGAACACGGAAGUGGAGUCCACAACAGAGCCUACUGUCUAUGAUUCCGUCCGUGGCCGAGCAGCUCUGACUGUUUCCACAUAAUAAUAAUAAUAAUAAUAAUAAAACGAUGCAGCUUCACUUCACUAAAGACGUGUUGUCGGAUUCGGUUAGCACCGACUUUCAGAACCUCAACAAACUCAACGAGCAGCAAUUUCUGCGUCUGAUUGAAAUUCUGUUCCAGUUCCUCCUGGAGCCUAAAGAGACGGAGAGGUUCAUGCAGCAGCUUGGUGAGUUUGCAGGGGAACAUGGGAUGAGUGCCGGUCCUCUGAGGAGCCUGAUGAAGAGUGUCCUGCUGGUACCACAGGGCGCCUUGAAGAAAAACCUGACAUCCGAGCAGAUCAAAGAAGACCUGGUGACAUUAGGACUAAACCAAGACAAGGCGGCUCACUUUUCACAGCAGUGGGGGGAGCACUAUGCAGCGCUGUCCUCACUCGCUGUGGGACAGACUUUGAUGGUCAACCAGCUGGUUGACAUGGAGUGGAAGUUUGGAGUGACUGUCGGCACCAGUGAAGUACAGAAAGUGGGCAACAUCUUCCUGCAGUUGAAGCUGGUGGUCAGAAAGGGGAAUUCCACUGAAAACGUCUACAUGGAGUUGACUCUCCCACAGUUUUACAACUUCCUACACGAGAUGGAGAGAGCCAAGGCCAGCAUGGAGUGUUUCAGCUGAGGAUGUGUGUGUGUGUGUGUGUGUGUGUGUGUGUGUGUGUGUGUGUGUGUGUGUGUGUGUGUGUGUGUGUGUGUGUG